GGCUAAGAAAGAAGAGAGAGAAAAAAGCGAGCAUUGUGCUUUGUGUGUCCAAAGCAAAAUAAGCCACAAACAAUAAAAGGCUUAUAAAAACUCUUGGACUCCCUUCAUUCUUCAGCUCUCUCUCUCUCUUUCUCUCUCGUUUUCUUCGCUAAACUCUCUCUUCAAUCUCACACCAACAAUGGCAGAAGAGAAGAAGCCCAAGCCUGCUCUCGUUUCUGGUUUCUGGCCAACCAUCAAGCCUUUCGUCAAUGGCGGUGCUUCCGGCAUGCUUGCAACCUGUGUCAUUCAGCCCAUCGAUAUGAUCAAGGUUAGGAUUCAACUCGGUCAAGGAUCUGCUGCUAGUGUCACAACUACCAUGCUCAAGAAUGAGGGUGUUGGUGCCUUCUAUAAGGGUCUAUCAGCUGGGUUACUCAGGCAGGCUACUUACACCACUGCUCGACUUGGAACGUUUAGGAUCUUGACAAAUAAAGCGAUUGAGGCUAAUGAUGGCAAGCCCCUGCCACUCUACCAAAAAGCUCUAUGUGGGCUGACUGCUGGUGCUAUUGGAGCAUCUGUUGGUAGUCCAGCUGAUUUGGCACUCAUUCGUAUGCAGGCUGAUGCAACUUUACCUAUUGCUCAGCGCAGAAACUACACAAACGCCAUCCAGGCACUUUACCGUAUUGGUGCAGAUGAGGGGAUUCUGUCACUUUGGAAGGGUGCUGGGCCUACUGUUGUAAGAGCCAUGGCAUUGAACAUGGGAAUGCUUGCAUCUUAUGAUCAAAGUGUUGAGUUCUUCAAGGACACCGUUGGUCUAGGUGAAAUGCCUACUGUGGUUGGUGCUAGCAGUGUAUCUGGGUUUUUCGCAGCAGCUUGCAGUUUGCCAUUCGAUUACGUGAAGACUCAAAUUCAGAAGAUGCAACCUGAUGCUGAAGGAAAAUAUCCAUACACAGGCUCUCUUGACUGUGCUGUCAAAACCUUCAAAGCAGGAGGACCCUUCAAAUUUUACACCGGAUUCCCUGUCUAUUGUGUCAGGAUUGCUCCUCAUGUCAUGAUGACAUGGAUCUUCCUCAACCAGCUUCAGAAAUUGGAGAAGAGUUAUGGAUUGUAGGUGAUGGGUGAUCAUUUUGCUGUUGAAUUCAAUCUAUCAGCAUUGAAUAAUUUGUUGGCUGUGUUGUUAGCCGAUUUUGGAAAUUGAACACCAAUGGAUCUGAUAUUUUUUUUUACGAUUUAAAUAGUCAUGCAAUUCAAGCGGAGAAUUUAUUAACAUCAAUUACAAUGUAUCAGUCAUAUAGAAUUUCAUGUGGUUGGAGCACCAGUAACAUUAGUAUAAAUCCCAUUUUUGAAUGGAGAACUUGUGGAGAUAUCAUAUUUUAAACUAGAAUAAUAAGUACUCUAUCUCAGGCACCUUUUCUACAUCAAGUUUUGUAAUUUUUUC